CUGACUUACGGAAUUAUUUAUUUUGUGUUAUGCGAACUAAUUGGUUUGGGCAUUCCUAUCAUCUUACUUGCAUUGUGUGGUACAUUUAGUGUGGGUCGACUCGCUGUUUCUCAAAGUGCUAUGAUUAGCAUAAGUGUGUAUCCCAUAUGUGGGCCGUACUAUGUGUUGAUGUCUAACAAGGACUACAAUGAGAAAGUUAACCUGAUAUUGAAAAGAAUCAAGAAAAUGACUACUAGUCUUCGACCUCAUCCUCCUGCUCAAGACCAGACUCGGACUACUCCCACGUUCUGA